CCAGGACCCAAAUAUAAUGGUCGCGAAUUUGCAAGACUACUCUCUAUAUAUUUUUGUCUUAUGAUAAAUAUCUAAACAGCAAGUAACUUCAAACUCCUGUUCGUAAAUGACUUUUGCUGAGUCAUUGAACAUUUUCUUAAGUGACCUAAGUAGGACCGCGGUAACUCGAGUUACCAAUGGCAACGGAUAUUAAUUAUGGUCGUUCCCGUGUAAAUGAUUAUGGAUCAUAUUAAAACUUACUUAUAUAAUAAUUCCCAGAAAUGUUGGUUAUUCUCCGAAAAUACCUCGUUAUUAUCAGACAUUGGUACGGAUCAUAAUAAUGGGUCGCAUCAGAAUUGUUAUUUGUGGACAAACACAGCAGUAAUUGCUAUUGUAUUGUUCAUCCUCACACUGAUAUUUCGAUCCAUAAUCAUUUUAUCGAACUAUUCAUCCACAACUGUAAAUAACCAUCAGACACCUAAGCUUCCUUAUGUGAACAUUAUGCCUGGAAAUGUCACACUUCCGCAAAAUUGUCUCUUUCACAAUAAUAUACCUCAGCAACUGGUAACUACAUCCAUGCCUAAGGAUAAACACAGAAUACCUGUAAAGUCUUCCUUUACUACGGGUUCUGAUGAUCUCAAAUAUCCUUUGGAGAUAGAUAUGCUUAAGUUAGUUAAACAAAUACUAUCAAAUAUAUCUGCACCAUAUAAUCCCAUAAAUGAUCCUCAAUUCUCAAUGCUUAUUACAGAAAGUCAAAAGUGUGAGGAUAUUGUUUUGAAAACUGGAGAACCUCUGGAACUCUUAAUACUUAUUAAAUCUGCUCCAUCGAAUUUUUUACGUAGAGAUGCUAUACGUUCAACUUGGGGGAAUAAUUUGUGCUGGGGUGGACGUCGUGUUAUUCAUCUCUUUCUUUUUGGUAAUGUUCCACCUAACGAUACACAUUCACGUGAUAUAUUAAAAAAUGAAUCAAACGUAUAUGGUGACAUAAUUCAACAAGAUUUUCUUGAUCAUUACUAUAAUAAUACAUAUAAAAUCAUGUUCGGUAUUGAUUGGGCAGUGAAGUAUUGCUCCAAUGUACCAAUCAUUAUGUUUGUUGAUGAUGAUUAUUUUGUUUACCCUCAGAAUGUGGUUGCAUAUAUAGAAGGUUUAAGUGAAGAAUUACGCGACGUGUUAAUCAGUGGUUAUGUGUGGUAUAAUGCAGUACCGAUACGUAAGAAAAGUGGUAUUCGUAGUAAAUGGCUUAUUGAUUGGGAUGAAUAUCCACACAAAGGUUAUCCUCCAUAUGUAGCAGCGGGUAAUUUUUUCCUUUCAAUGAAUUUGGCGCGUAAAUUAAAUGUGGCCAUACGUUAUACGAAAUAUCUUCGAUUUGAUGAUGUUUAUCUGGGGAUUAUACUUAAAAAGUUACUGUAUGUGCCAAUUCAUUUGAAGGAGGUGUACACAUUCUACCCUGUGAACAUAACUUCAUCGCAGGUACAUCAAAUGAUUUCCAGUCAUAAUUUCGGGAAUCCUGUAUCACAAUUUUUCCUAUGGAAACGUUUGAACUGCUCUCAGUUUUGUGUGCAAUCACUUGUAUAACUCGAUUACAUUGUGUUUUCUCUUGUUAUUUUUAAUUCAUUCCUAUUUUUGUGGAUUUCUUUCCUUUUGUACAAUCGAUGGAGAAGAAUGAAUAUAUAUAUAUAUAUAUAUAUAUAUAUAUAUAUAUAUAUAUAUAUAUAUAUAUAUUUGAAUAGUAUAUUUCUCAGUAGCUUUUCUAUGUCUAUUCAUUAAGAUUGCUUAUUGUAAAUUUCUCUAAUCGUCGUGAUGUGAUCUAUCUUACACAGAUUACUACAAUGCAUACAAACUUUUAGAUAGCAAUUAUGUAAAUACUACCAAAGAUAACCUUUUCAUCCACUUCACCCAACCCUUACUUCAGUCUCAACACCUAUUAUUAUUUGUACUAAAAAAAGUGACGAUAGGCAACUAGAUUAAUGCUCUCAAUCAUAUUCAAGGCAGUAAUAAUUCUCAAUAAUUAUUAGUUUUGUAUAAAUGAUUUCAUAUUUAUUGUAAAUUGUUACUGUUUUUUUCUAUCAUAAAUUCAGAGGAAAUUCAAUAAAGAUUACUUUUCUGACUGUAA